UUUUUGUCUUCGACCCCCACAAGAGCCAAAGAGUGCUCUCCCUUUCAAUCCCCCACCCCCACCUCCUUUGCUGUUACACUGACCCUCCUCUCCUGCAGCUCUGCUCUCCCCCAGAGCCUUUCCUGGAGAGUAAAAUAGCCUAAACUGAAUAAACUCUUUCUUUAAGAGUGGGUGCAGAGAGAGAGAGAGAGAGAGAGAGAGAGAGAGAGAUCAGAGAUCAGAGAUCAGAGAGAGAGAGAGAAGUUUAAUUUGGUUGCAUAUCUUAAUUAGCACAUCUUGAAGAGGGAGUGACUGACUGAGAGAACUCCUGAUCUUAUUACUCUCCCUUGUAUAUUCAGGUCUUUCAAUGGCAGAAGGUACGUCUGCUAAUCAUGAGGACCUCCGCAAUCUAAUGACGUCCUUAGCGGAAUUUAACAUGGAGACGGCAUCAUUCACCGAACAUAAUCAAAGGGAGCGACAUGAUAACGGUUCUGAUGAUUGCUUCGGUGAAGAUGAAAUAUGGGGAGAUGCUUCAGAUGACGACGUGAAUCAUGGCACUGCUUUAAGCAGAGAAUGGGAAUGGAGGCACAACCGAUUUCAUACUAUGGGUUACCGGGAUGGUAUAACUGAAGGAAAGCAAGCUUCUGCACAAGAGGGUUUCAAUAUUGGCUUUAAACAGUCCGUGCUUGUUGGUUACAAAUGGGGCCUUGUUAGAGGCAUUACCAGUGCAAUAGCUAGCCUUCCUGAAAACUUGAGAGAGAAAUUAGUGCCCAAGUCUGAGAUCCGGAAAGGAUUUGAGAACUUGCACACUUCUGUGCAGACGAUUUCAACCACUGAUGCACUCAAGAUGUAUCAUAAAAGCAUUGCUGCGAGUGAAGCAGGGCAGUCCUCUGAUCAUUCAGAGCAGAAGCUCCAAGACGAAGAUUCCAAUGCCAACAAAUUGGAGACUCUAUCUAAUGAUCUCAUUCUCCUCCUACACGAAACUCCCGAGAUAAAAAUCACCGAAGAAGAAUUAAAGACGCGAGAUAAGUAAAUAACCUCCUCGUAAAGGAAGUUGGUGGCGUCGUGUAUGUUGUACAAGAUAUACGUGUAUUUUAGCACCAAAAUGUGCCUUCCAAUACUGAAGCUGCAGAUCAGUUCAGAGUAAACGCGGCACUAUCAUUUUACUUUUUUUUCUUUUGUAGGGAAAUUAGUUGUGAGUCAACUUGUCCGGAUUAACGUUAAUGUAGAAAUCCAUCUACCUCAUCUUUUGCUAUUAUGUGUUUAGUGUAAUUCUUUUUCAUGCUUAAUUAUGAUUAACCAGAGUUAAAGGAGCAAAGAAGAAUCAUUAUGUUGAUAA